GCCGCGUCGAGAAACGUCAAUUUAUUGCUGCUGCAUUUGACGUUUUUAGCUAAUAAAAUAAAUAAAAAGGUGAUUGUCCUCGAAUACGAGAAACAGUUUGUGACCUUUGUAAAGUGUUGAUUUGUAAUUUUGGAUGCUGGCGAAGUGUGUGAAUAGAAACAUGCAAGCGGAGGCUGGCGGUAGUGGUAGUGUGGACUUGGGCGGCACGAGGAGUUCGGGCCGCGGUGAAGGUGGGCUGUAGCGGUCAGCAGGCGCCGCCAUGGGUAGCCGUGAACGCGUGCGGAGCAGCGCGCGGCUCAGCGGCGCCGGCGGCGUGGCUGCGGGCGCGGCGCCUCCCAGCUGCGAAGAGGAGCGGCUAGCGGCGGCCGCGCUGCGACGCCAGCGCGCCGCCCGCGCGGCCGAACGGGCGCGCGAGGUGGAAGACAGUCCUCAGGAGCUGCGCGACAAGUGCCGCAUACUUGCGCGGGCGUUGCGCGACGCUAAACAUCUCGUGGUGUACACGGGCGCAGGCAUCAGCACGGCGGCCGACAUUCCUGACUACCGCGGGCCGCGCGGCGUGUGGACGCGCCUGCAGCGCGGCGAGCGCGUGGCGCGCGUCGAGGUGGCGCGCGCGCGGCCCACUUUCACACACAUGGCGCUGUCGGCGCUGUGGGCGCGCGGCGCGCUCAAGUUCGUGGUGUCGCAGAACUGCGACGGGCUGCACGUGCGCGCCGGCCUGCCGCGCCGCGCGCUGGCCGAGCUGCACGGCGACAUGUUCGCCGAGCGCUGCGCCGCGUGCCGCCGCGUGCUGCUGCGUGCCUUCGACACCACGGCGCGCACGGCACGGCACGCGCACGGCACGCGGCGCCUUUGCCACACGUGCGGCCGCGAGCUGCAGGACUCCAUCGUGCACUUCGGCGAGCGUGGGCGCGCUGCCUGGCCGCUUAACUGGGCGGGUGCGCUCCGCCACGCGGCGGCCGCGGACGUGGUGCUGUGCCUGGGCUCCAGCCUCAAGGUGCUGCGCCGCUACCCGCGCCUGUGGCGCAUGCGCAGCGCGCCCGCACAGCGCCCCGCGCUCUACAUCGUCAACCUGCAGUGGACGCCCAAGGACGCCGUGGCCGCGCUCAAGAUCAACGCGCGCUGCGACGACGUGAUGGCGCAGGUGGCGCGCCGCCUGCGCCUGCGCGUGCCUCGUUACGAUGCACGCGCCGACCCGCUGCUGGCGCACGCGGAGCCGCUAGCGCCGCCCGAGGCGCACACGGCGCCGCCGCACGCGCCGCCGCCACCGCCCGCGCCCGCGCCGCCUGCCUACUACGCGCUGUCGUCACCCUCCGCAUCCGACUCGGACGACGAGCUGCCGCUGCGCCGUCUCGCCGACCGCCUGCGCGCUCCCGACGCGUCCCCGCCGCCGCCGCCCGCGCCGCCCCCACCUCUCGUGCCGCCACCGCCACCCGACCUGCACUCGUUCCAGGUAGCAAUGCAAGCUGGCGAAACUACUAUCCUGUUGCGAGCGAGGCACGCGCCGCCCGACACUCCGCACCUUCCGACCCUCGACCUGUGCGCGCGCCCCGCACCUCUGUCCAGCAGCACGGGUGCACUACGACGGUUCCGUAUGGUGCGACACACACCUCUCAAUGGCGUACCCCUUACAAACGGCCACCACCCCCUUGAACACGAGGUCAAGCUGCAGUCGCUUUCCAAUUUACGAGUGAAGUCUGAGUCGCCAUCCCAUCUAGAGAUCAAACUGAACUCGCCACCCCAUCCAGAGUUCAAACUAAAUUCGCCGCCCCAUCAAGAGGUCAAACUGAAUUCGCCGCCCCAUCAAGAGGUCAAACUGAAUUCGCCGUCCCAUCUAGAGGUCAAACUGAAUUCGCCAUCCCAUCCAGAGGUAAAAUUGAAUUCGCCGCCGCCCCAUCCAGACGUUACACUGGAGUCGCCGCCCCAUCUAGAUGUCAAACUAAAUUCGCCGCCUCAUUUAGGGGUAAAGCUGGGGUCGCCACCCCGUCUAGAGGUCAAACUUAAUUCGCCGCCCCAUCUAGGGGUAAAGCUGGAGCCACCGCCCCGACUAGAAUUCAAACUAGAAUCGCCGCCGCCAGCUAAAAUUAAGAAGGAGGAGUACAAGAACGGUGAAGUAACGGGCAAUGGUGCCUGGUCGCUGGGCUCGCAGCUUCGGCGUUUGCUGGAGUUGCAGCCGCGCCUGUCCACCGUCGCAAGCAACACGCCGCGUGAUAGUGACGAAGCUAGCACUGCGCUCGCUGCUGCUAUCAUCCAACGUGCUGUGCUGCUGUGCCGCGCGCACCUCUACUCCGGCCUGCAUACUAUCAUCCCACCCAAGCCGCUGCCCCUGCCCGCCCCGCCCGCACCUCCGCCCCGCAUCAAGCAAGAGCGAGAAGCGGAAUGCACGUGGUGUUUGCGACGCUACUCUUCCCAACGCUGUCUGUGGUAUGGGCCGCCGUUACGCACGCCGCCCGAGCGGAGAGCGUGGCGUCGCGAGCGCGGACGACGGUAUCUAUGCGCGUGCUGCGGAGAGCAGGGCGAAGAACCAGGCGGAGACAGUGGGGCGGACGGGGUGGUGGAAGGCGGGGGCUGGUACGGCAAGGGGUACCGUAAGGGGAGACGCAAGCGCCGGUAGCGCGCGCCCGACGCCCGCCCGGGCGUCUUCCGCGCCGCCCCCGCCCUUUUUCGCGCCCAAAGGAAAACCCGCGCUGUUGGCUAGCGACAUAGACCGUCAUACCCCGUCGGUCAUCUCAGACCAAAUAAAACCUGGAUGGAGGGUGCUUCAAUAAAAUAUGUGUGUCAAUUUUUUUGUAUGAUAAAUGUCCAAAGAUACUAAUAACAUAUUAAUCAAUUUUCAUCACUUUUUGGACUAAAAUCGCAGCCAUAAAUGAUAUCGUUCACAGGAGAAUUCUUGGUGGAAGAGGUCAAGACAAUGAUAUGGUGUUGUAAAUAUGAAAUGAAAAUUCGGAUUCGUAUACCUCCUUUGAUCUUUCAGUGUUCUGGAAAACAGCUGCACAUGAUAUUUUUUCACUAAUUUCUAACCCAACCUCACCAUUUUUUUCACAAAUUUUUAGCCCAACCACACUAUUUUUUCACUAGUUUUUAGACAUACUGCACAACUACAAACUUCAGUAUUUUGACUGACUAGCCAGUCACACGGAUACACUAUUUGACACAUACCAAAAGCUAUACCUCCAUCCAGUGUAAAUAAUUGAUCUGAGGCCACCCCACUUAAGUGUAAAGUGACAUUUUGAGUAAUUAUGACCAGUGAAGUGCGAUCAGACUAUAAUAUAAGUUAUUAAAUUUAUUUAAGAAUAAUUAGAGCAUUUUCAUAGAUGUGCGCGAGUUGAAUGUGUAAAUAAAUAAUUAGGAAAUAUAAAUGUCACAAUGUGUGUAAAUUGUGUGUUAAGUAUGAAUUAUUUGAGGGAAUAUAUUGUUGAAAUGAAGACUUCAUAGUCCUUAUUUAUUUACUAGUAGAUGCUGCCCGCGACUUCGUCUGCGUUGAUUUAGGUUUUGUAAAAAUCCCGCGGGAACUCUUUGAUUUUCUGGGAUAAAAAGUUGCCUAUGUCAAUUCCUGCGAUGCAAGCUUUGUCUGAACCAAAAUUUAUAUAAAUCGGGUAAACAGUCCUAUGAGAAUCCGUGGGAACUCUUUGAUUUUCAGGGAUAAAACGUAGCCUAUGUCCUUCCCCAGGAUAUAAGCUUACACUGUACCAAGUUUCACAAUCGGGUAAACUGUUGGGCCGUGAAAAGCUAGCAAACAGACGGACAGACACCUUUCGCAUUUAUAAAAUUAGAAUGGAUAUAGAUAAUCAUCACAAUAUGACAAAAACACAAAAUAGGAUGUCAGCAUCCACAGAUGUUACCAUAUGUCUUAACAUAGGAAUGUAUAAUGUAAUAUAAUAUGUAUGAAUGUAAUAUAACAUUGAGAGUCAUCAUUUUACAUCAGUUGUUAGGUAUGAACUAACCAGGAGCAUUCGCUUGUAAUGUAACAGCUUGGGUUUGAGCAAUGUCUGCAAUAUAGGUCUUUCCUAGUGCAGAGGGUAGGAAACUCGUUUUUGUAUUUAAUUUAGUUAAAUCUAAAUU